AUGGUUUCCCGUCCAUACUAUCCUCCUCCUCACCCACACGCUAAGAAUGGAGCGAGAUAUCCAUCUGGCCGCUCAUGUGCCCCUUACCUCUCCUAUUCGGAACGGCGGUACCAGCUUCCAUCACACGACGCCCAGGUUAUCACCAUGACUGAUACACAGACCGAAGAAACGACGCCGCCACGGAAACGCAUUGCUGUUGCUUGUGGACGAUGUCGCAAGCGCAAAAUCCGCUGCAGUGGGGACUCGGGCGGUGGACAGCCAUGUGACAAUUGCAAAAACUCAGGAACCGAGCAAUGCCUCUUUCUACGGGUACGAUCAACCUUGCUGCCCCAGCCGGGCGGGCCCUCGAACAACACAAGUUGCACACACCAUGAUGAACUUCUUCUUCUCCCCCUGCUUGGCGGCUGCAGUCGAUCUGACAUGGUUCGUGAUUCACAGGUCCAAUCACAAGAGGCGCCCAUGCGGGAAGAUUGCAGAUAUGAUUACAACAUGGACAUCUCUCGGUCGCUUGCGCAGCGCGGGGCUGCGGCUGCGUCCAUGGCGCACAUGAGCACUGCCAUGACCCAGUAUCCGCAGGACAUGCAACACCUCUUGGGCCCUGCGACGGGAGCGCUACCAGCAGCAGCUUCGUACCGGGGCAAUGGAUAUUCCCCGAUCGGACCUGAGUGGGCGGACGCCUACGGCUCAGACGCGAGCGUCGACUACGCGCUGAGCUGCCCGCCGUACCCAGUCCUCAACAACGAUCCUGUUCACAUGGUCUCGAGUUAUGGACACUGGCCUGCUGCUGCUGCCUCCCGACAGAGGGCCGGCGGUCAUGGCGCCAACGGCGUUUGCCUGGACUCGGACGCAGGGUACGCCUACAGUGCCAUGUCAAGUAAUACUACCGCCCUCGCCCCUCGCCCAGCGGUGUCUGUGCCUGGAGAUUCGUCUGCCUAUUCUUUCUCUGGUAUCGCUGCUUCCCUCCCGUCCGCUGGCAGUGAGAGACUUCUCCCAACGCCUAUCUCGCAGACGCUGGGUAAUGGCUCUGGAAACAACAGCUACCGUGGCGACGGUCUUCUGUCCGGAUACGGCGCCUCCAGGCCUGGUCAGGGCUCUACUGCUGUGUCUGGUGUGACGAUCUGUCAGACCACACCUGUUGCACCUCUUUCUACCGACGUGACAGCGGCCGCGGUUGGUUAUGCCAGCUCUGCGUACGAGUAUGCGACAGCGGCGAGGUCCUCGCAGCAGCAUGGUGGCAACCCAGCAGUUACAUAUGCAGCAGCCUCGUCGGGAGGGAGCGAGACCAUCUUUGGUCCGUCAGAUCGCAGCGCAGCGACGCAGGGCUCAGCUGUGGACCUUUCUGGGUAUACGUACGGUGCGGCCAGCCCUGCUGUAGAGUCGCCGAGCAUGCCACGAGCAUCGUCUGGAUCUAUACAUGGCCUCACAUCCCGAUCGGUGGCAGAGAGCAGCCCUAGCAGCGCAGGCUAUGUUGAGAGUGAUAGUAGUGCAUCAACUCCUCGCCCAUCUGGAGCAUACCAACAUCAAUCUCCUUCUCAUGGACACACCCACAGUCACGUUGGUGCUGCUGCUGCUUCUAUUCCUCAUCAUCCACACCAUCAUCAACACCACCACCAACAACAUCACGGAGUGUCACACCACGCCUCUCCACGCCAUGCAAGCCGCCAUCUCUCACAGCAGCAGCAGCAGCAGCAGCAGCAGCAUGCUAUCACGAGCAGCACGGCCUACGGAGAAGUGUCGUCUGGCCGCAGCAGUGGUAGUAGCAGCAGCGGCCUUCUUGGAGGUCCUACUGGUGGUACAAUAGCGGCUACAGACAGCCAUCGAGUCAGCGUCACCUCCCAUCGCUAA